UCGCUCAGCAGCUGUGCAGCCUCGGCAUCGACCACACAACGCGGGAGUCACCGGCGCCGAACACAGCGGCUCCUCAACACCCCGACGCGAAAACCUCCAGACCGCCGCGGUCCAAACGCUGCCUUUUCACGGCGUCGUGUCAGCGGAACGAGAUGGCGCAACGAGUGGCUCUAGUGGCGCUGCUGCUGGCUGCGGCGGCUCCGGCUCUGGCUGCCGAGGUGCCUACAGAUGUUUCCAUGGGGCUGUUGGCGGAGCCCCAAGUGGCCAUGUUUUGCAGCAAACUCAACAUGCACAUCAACGUGCAGAGCGGCAAGUGGGAGCCGGACCCCUCGGGCACCAAGAGCUGCAUUGGUACCAAGGAGGGCAUCCUGCAGUACUGCCAGGAGGUGUACCCGGAGCUCCAGAUCACCAAUGUGGUGGAGGCCAACCAGCCAAUCAGCAUCCAGAACUGGUGCAAGAAGGGGCGCAAGCAGUGCCGCAGUCACAUCCACAUCGUGGUGCCCUACCGCUGCCUGGUCGGAGAGUUUGUGAGCGACGCCCUGCUCGUUCCUGACAAGUGCAAGUUCCUGCACCAGGAGCGUAUGGACCAGUGUGAGAGCCACCUGCACUGGCACACCGUGGCCAAGGAGUCCUGCGGAGACCGCACCAUGAAUCUCCACGACUACGGGAUGCUGUUGCCGUGCGGCAUCGACCGGUUCCGCGGCGUGGAGUUUGUGUGCUGUCCCGCCGAGGCCGAGCGCGAAGCCGACAGCGCCGAGCGGGACGCCGAUGACUCCGACGUGUGGUGGGGCGGGGCGGAGACGGAUUACUCCGACAACGGUAUGGUGCGGGAGCCAGAGCCAGCGGAGCAGCAAGAAGAAGCCAGACCAUCUGUGGUAGAGGAUGAGGAGGAUAAAGAGGAGGAAGAGGAGGUGGUGGCUGAGGAAAAUGACGAGGAAGAGGAGGAGGAAGAGGAUGUGCUGGAUAACGACCAGGAUGGAGACGGAGAGGAGGAUGAAGAGGUGGUGGAAGAGGAGGAGGAGGUCGAGGAGGAGGAGGGAGAUGACGGAGAUGAUGACGACGAGGACGAUAUUGUCGACAGGCUCGACGAUGAUGAUGACGACGAGCCCACCACCAAUGUCGCCAUGACAACCACCACCACUACCACCACUACGGAGUCUGUGGAAGAGGUUGUCAGGGAUGUGUGCUGGGCCAAUGCGGAGACCGGUCCGUGCCGGGCCAUGCUGUCCCGCUGGUUCUUUGACCACCAGGAGGGGCGCUGUGCUCAGUUUAUCUACGGCGGCUGCGGAGGCAACAGGAAUAACUUUGACUCAGAGGAGUACUGCCUGUCUGUCUGCAGCAGCGUCAUACCCACAGCCACGCCCAGCUCCCCCGACGCCGUGGACUACUACCUGGAGACGCCUGCUGAUGAAAACGAACACGCCCACUUCCAGAAGGCCAAAGAGAGCCUUGAGGCCAAGCACCGCGAGAGGAUGUCCCAGGUGAUGAGAGAGUGGGAGGAGGCCGAGAGGGAAGCUAAGAACCUUCCCCGCGCUGACAAGAAGGCCGUCAUCCAGCGUUUCCAGGAGAAGGUGGAGGCCCUGGAACAGGAGGCGGCCAGCGAGCGGCAGCAGCUGGUGGAGACUCACAUGGCUCGGGUGGAGGCUCUGCUGAAUGACCGCCGCCGCCUGGCUCUGGAGAGCUACCUGACGGCGCUGCAGCAGGACUCCCCCAGGCCUCGCCACGUCUUCAGCCUGUUGAAGAAGUAUGUGCGCGCGGAGCAGAAGGACCGGCAGCACACCCUCAAACACUUUGAACACGUGCGCAUGGUGGAUCCCAAGAAGGCCGCCCAGAUCAGACCUCAGGUGCUGACCCACCUGCGUGUCAUCGAGGAGCGCAUGAACCAGUCCCUGGGACUCCUCUACAAGGUGCCCGGCGUGGCCGACGACAUCCAGGACCAAGUCGAGCUUCUGCAGAGGGAGCAGACGGAGAUGGCCCAGCAGCUGGCCAACCUUCAGACGGAUGUGAGGGUGAGCUACGGCAACGACGCCCUGAUGCCCAAUCAGGAGUUUGGGGACGGCCAGACCGACCUGCUGGCCCGGGAGGACACACUCGGCCUGGGAGGGGUCGGCUUCAUCCACCCCGAGAGCUUCAACCAGCCCAACACUGAGAACCAGGUCGAGCCAGUGGACUCUCGCCCCAGUCUUGACAGGGGCAUUCCUACACGGCCAGUGACCGGAAUGAAGAUGGACGCCGUACCUGAGCUGCGGAUGGAGACGGAGAACAGGCAGAGCACCGAAUACGAAGUUCACCACCAGAAACUGGUCUUCUUCGCAGAGGACGUGGGCUCCAACAAGGGCGCCAUCAUCGGCCUGAUGGUUGGGGGCGUCGUCAUAGCGACCGUGAUCGUCAUCACCUUGGUGAUGCUGAGGAAGAAGCAGUACACCUCCAUCCACCACGGAGUCAUCGAGGUGGACGCUGCCGUCACCCCAGAGGAGCGCCACCUCUCCAAGAUGCAACAGAACGGUUACGAGAACCCGACCUACAAGUUCUUCGAGCAGAUGCAGAACUGAGGGGAAUGUCUCAUGUUCACGGCACACAUAGAACACACACACACACAGACAUUCGCUCCCACACAUUACACACCUCCCCUCCCCUUUCCUCCCCAAUCUCCCACCCCAAAUACCCCUCCCCGUCUCCACAGAGCCAGUGGGGCUUAGAUCAUUGAGCGACUGUAGCCGGGGGUUUUCUUUCAUUUCUGCCUGGGCGGACACAGCGUGCUCGAGCCCGCUUGCACCGUUCCUGUUCAGUUUACCGGAGCAAGACGCCCUUUUGAUUAAAAGAAUCAGGCGAUUUUGCACGUUGCUCCGCCUGGUGCCCGCUGUCGAAAGGAAAGCAGAAAGGCCCCGCCCGGCGCACUAAAACCAGCCCUCUCUUCGGGGGCGGAAUCGCUUUCUCGCCACGCUGAUUCAGGGCCAGUGUAUUAUCAGUUUGGGGUUUUUUUGUUUGCCGUGGGACGGUUUUAGGUGUGGAUUUGUGUAGAAAAAUCUGACCAGUGAGAUUUUAGGCGCACGCUGACCCUGGGCCUCGUUUAGAAAAAGUGUUUGCAGUGUUAGCAUUUAAAAAUCAAAUCGGGCAACAGCACCAUUGUUCUAAAUCAGGUGCAGUGUUUCCCCACUAACUGCCCCGCUACUGCACUCCCUCGACAGUCUACACUGGAGUAUCCCCUCCUUCCCCUCCCCUCCUCUCCCUCCAUCUCCUCCAUCCUCUUUUCUUUAUGCAUUCUUACAAUGGCUGGAAUGUGUUAAGUCACAAAAGGCUCCCAAGGAUAUGUGGAGAAGCUGAUGAUAAUGAAUAUGUUGACGACGACGAGGAUAAUUGUGUAUUCUGAAUGAGCUGUUUUUUAUUUUAGUUUUUUUUUUUUUUUGUUUCGUUUCCAGUUUUGUUUUUCAAAAAAGAAUGAAAACCGAGAAGAAGAAAAAAAAAAGUGAAACCGAUGUAAAGUCCUUUUUUUAAAUUGCGUGUAAUGUUACUGAAGUAAUGCUGAAGUCGUAGCUGUUCCUAUGUAGUGCAUGACAUCAAUGACAACAGGAUUUGGAAGAAAAAAUAUAAAAAAAACAAAGAUCUUAAUGCUGCUCUCUCCCACGUAUAGAUUGUCAUUCUAGCAAGAUUGUACAUUUAGUAUCUUCUCGUGAUCACGUGACUUCAAACAAUGAAAAAUAUAUAUAAAUCUAGAUGAACGGGCUCUGCUUUGAUAUCAUGUAAAAUACACAUUUAAAAGAGAUCUGUGAUUUUGGAAUUUAAGUGUGUUCCUCGUGUCUUUUUACGUUUUAAUCAGCUGUUUUUUUGUUUUUAUUUUAAACAAUGCUACGUUCCCGGAGCUGCACGAGGGGGGGGCUGGCUUCAUCUCUGUUUCUGUAUAUUCUCAUCCACUGAAAUAUAUUGUUAAAAAUCCUCAUGCACAUCCGAAAUCAACCCCGUAUAUAAAAAUAUAUUAUUUUA